CAAAAUAUUGUAUUACACGCGAUAGUGAUCUAUCACAGCAGAAUAAUGAAAAUGUCAAAGAAACUCAAAAUAUUUCUGCUAAAAAAAAUCGAUUUGAUAAAAAGUUUGUUAGGAUUAUUAUAAAAGAUAAUCAACCAAUACGUAUUAGAAAUGAUGAAGGGUUUCGUGAAUUUGUGGAAGAAUUAGAUCCACUUUAUGAGUUAUCAAGUGAUAAAAAAGUGAGGGAGCUGUUAGUUAAGAGUUACAAUUUCUGCAAAGAAGAAAUUGUUCAUCUAUUUGAACAAGAUAUUAAUUUCUGCGAAUGGCACAAUAGUUCUAAAGGAGAAGAUGAUCGCGAAUUGGAGAGAGAUAUUAUAGAUUAUUUAUUACCCAAACCUG